GCUUGGCUCUUGACACCACCGCCGCCCGGUGCAAGAAGCGCAAAGCACCGUGCGGUGCACGAUCUCGCGUCCGCCGGCCGCAGCACGCAGCGAGAUCAUGAGCCUUUGCAUUUCGGCGUGCAGUCUCGGCGUCUUGACCCAACGGGCGACGACCACAGGAGCACUCGGACUUGGAUCUCAUGGCCUCCGGCCGCAGAAGCCGCCCCCUCGAAGUUCCAACGCCAGCCUCGACUGCUGCUGUAGUUUCAAAGGUGGCAGCUCCGACUUUGCAGGAUGGCAGCACGGGCAGAGCGGGGGCCACGGCCGCACCUUCGUGUUCAGCAGGGUAGUGAGAGUGUUGCAGCAGCCGCUUAGACGACAGCGUGCAAUGUACAGCGGGGGGAAGCAGGCAGAGAGCUUGGCAGCAUCAGCGUCAGCAUCAGCAUCAGCGGCAUGGGCAUGAGACGCCUCCGCGCACGCAGGUGAGGCAGGAGCAGAAGGACUCGUCGAGGAGGCCGUGCCAUGGCGCAGACGUAGCGUGCCUGCUUGUUCCAGACUCGACUGCACCCAGCACCCAGCAGCAUGCAGCACCUGCAGCACCGAGCGCAGCUGAGCAAGAGGGAGGGCCGCUUGUGCGGUGCAUGUGCCGAAGCAUGAGAGGCGCGACGCGCAGGCAAAGAAGAAGGCGG